CCACAAUCUGAGGCCCUGCUCCUAGCUUCUGCCUGCCGGUCAUCCAUGUCGUGGAAAAACCCCAGCACAUCGUGUUUGCUCCGCCCAUCGUUUGCACGUCGUCCCAAGGGCUGAAGAAUAGCCCGUCGCAACACAAGUUCAAGACAAGCGUGCACCCUCCCCACCCAACACAGACACUGCGCGCGACUCCUGCGCACCGGCGUAGACGACCAAUCCGGCACAGCGAUGGGAGAUUUCCUCGACGACGAUUCCGUAUUUCGUGCUUUCAACGACCGAAGGCUCAACGCGGACUCGCGGACACCGAGCUACGGGUCAGUGGGUUUGCUUGUUGCAGCGGGGCUGUACGCCUGCCUCAAGGCGCUGGAAUUGCUCGGAUACCCAGUGUGGUGGUGGUUCUACAUGGCACUCGAACGAGCAAAAGGCAUCGCCUCGCGCGACGCUUCUUCAGCAGACGCUCCGUCCACAGACGGCGACACGACGAUGCCGAACGGCGGAAGCAUACUCAGCAGGACCUUUGGGCUCAACGGCACCAGUCUGCUGCAAAAGGGCGUGCGCGGAGUCGCAGGUGCCUUGUCCAAAGGGCCCAGCGAAGUCCCUCCCGGCUUGGGCAACUGGGACAACUCGUGCUACCAGAACAGUGUCAUCCAGGGCAUGGCGUCGCUACCCUCGCUGCGCGCCUAUCUGGCCAAGGCAACCGCAGAGUACGGCAACCUGGACAUCGAAUCGACCAACGGCGCCUUGUUUGAUAUGGUCUCGAAGCUGAACGACCCGCGCCACCACGGCCAGAACUUCUGGAUCAAGGGCAAGCUCAAGAGCAUGAGCACCUUCCAGCAGCAAGACGCGCAAGAGUACUAUUCCAAGAUACUGGAUGCGCUAGAGAAGGAGGUGCAGCAAGAAGUGAAGAAGAGAAAGCCCAGUGACGCGUGGGCUGACGCUGCAAAGGUGGCUGCGAACGCGGCUGCGAAGAGCCAGGCGCAAAUCCCUGAGGAGGCUGUGAGCAGCGAUCAGUCGCCCAGCAGAGAGAUGGAUGAUGCGACACCAUCAGAGCAGCCCAAGAUUAUCCCCAACCCUCUGGACGGACUACUGGCUCAACGAGUGGGGUGCAUAAGAUGCGGUUACGUCGAGGGCCUCCAACUCAUCCCCUUCAACUGCAUCACCGUAUCGCUUGGCAGGAACAGCGCCUACGAUAUCCGCGAAUGCCUCGACGAUUACACUCACCUGGAGCAAAUCGAGGGUGUCGAGUGCGCAAAAUGUACUCUCCUCAAGAACAAAGCUGCACUUGCGCCAUUGGCGGAUCGUGCGCCGGCGUAUGCAGAGAGGCUUCAGGCCGUCGAGAAUGCGCUUGAAAACGAUGAUUUCGACGACAAGACAUUGGUUAAAAAUUUCAAGAUUCUCAAGAAGAACUGGACACAGAGUGUAAAGUCGCGCCAGGCGGUUAUUGCUCGUGCGCCCAAGGCGCUGGUGCUGCAUGUCAACCGGAGUAUCUUUGACGAGAUGACCGGUGCUAUGUACAAGAACUCAGCCAACGUCUCGUAUCCGAGAAAGUUUGACCUGGGUAAUUGGUGUCUCGGUAGCGAUCUGGCGGGAGGAGAGUGGCCGAGAGACCCGACCAAAUCAAUGCUCGGCGAUGCGAAGGCAGAGCCUACAACAGAUUCACCAUUUCAGUACCGACUGCGAGCGGCUGUCACGCAUUAUGGGAGCCAUGGAAAUGGACACUACGUCUGCUACCGGCCGCAUGCUCAGACGCCUGCCGUGGAGCGUGAUACAGAGCAAGAGGAAGUUGCUACCACUGGCGAGCAAUGGUGGCGUUUCAGCGAUGAAUCCGUCUAUCCCAUCUCUGAGGCACAGGCUCAUCAGGGCAAUAUCUUCAUGCUGUUCUACGAACGCAUAGAUGACGAGACCCCGAAUCGCGACAAUGUUAAAGAAGCAACCCGGUCCACCAUUGCGCUAGACAAUAAUAUUCCUCUGCCACCUGGUGGCAUUAAUCUAUCUCGGACGCUUGGUGAUGACGCUGCAGCGAUGAUCCCGCUACCAGACGACGAUGACUUACUCAACGACCAGACGGUUCACCCUACUGGUGAGGAGUUAGCUGCUCCUGGAGGCACGGCACCCCGCAUCGAGACGGGUGAUGGUGCCGGGAAUCUGGUCGUUUCACCAAAUGACUGCGGAGAACCAACCACUGUAGGCAGACCAUCCCCAGAAGUUUCUCAGUCUAUUGUCAAAGUUGCACAUGUAGCAGCGCCAGCCUCCACAACGAACAGAGUAAGAAUACCGACGUCGUCGAAUACGGAUGUUGCAUAUCCUACUCCACCACCCGAAUCACCAUCCGCAACAAUAUUCGACGACACUGAGACAUCGGAAGCAGGCUCUGACGAUGCGCCAUCUACAUUGCUCACUUCAGACGACGAACCGGACAUUUCUACAUCGAAGACAAACAUCAAACCACCUCGCAGUCCGCAUUUAAUGCGUACGGCUGGCGAGUCUCCCAACCGAGACGGCGGCAGUAGAACCAGCUUGCCCAUGGUCACUGCAUAGUCUGCAGCCGUAGCAAGCGGGUUUAUUUCUUAAUGGGGCAUGGAGCAAAAGCAGAAAAGUGAUACGCGACGUUGUGCCGCUCUCGGCAUCAUGGUAGGAGCUUAAGGGUUUUGGCGGUGGAAGACCGACAUGAGAUGUACGAAAUGGGUGGCUAUGGCGUUGAAAUCCUGUUGCCCUCAGGGUCAGGUGGGCGUUUGGGAUUGCUAUUGCUUGUUCAAUUAGAUGAGCUUCGCAUACGACUUGGACACUAUUGUGUUAUAGCUUCCGGGUGUUUUCUGGUGCAGUGAUCUGAAUAAAUCUUCGCCGUUUUGUAGCGAAGCCCCGUCAUGCCAGGCGUCUGGUGGCUUGUGUAUAAUUGAGUCACUUAUAGCAUGA